AUGGUGGGUGUGGUGCUCGGAAACAUCUUCUUGAACCCCCUACGCACUGGCAUGAAGGACCCAGGGACCGUGUCUUGCUCAUAUCGAACCCGGAAUCCCGCGGCGGCUGGCUUUGUGCCCCCUGAUGUCCUGGCCACCAAGGCCCGCUUCCACCAGUUGGACCAGCUGCUGUGCACAAGGUGCCAGGGGCUCAAUCACGGUGCCCCCAUCCCAGGGGUGGCUGACCUAGCAGUCCAGGCAGCCGAGGACGGCUCACGGCUAGUCACCCCAGAGGAGCUGCGGAACAAGAUCAUGCACCUGCGCACCGCCAAGGCCUUUGUCGUGCUGCUGGUGGACCUGGUGGACGUGUCUGGGACGCUGCUGCCCAGGCUGCGAGACAUGGUGGGCGCCAACCCGGUCGUGGUGGUGGGCACCAAGCUGGACCUGAUGCCCGCCGGGGUCAGACCGGACCAGCUGGCCACGUGGCUGCAGGCCGCGGUGGAGUUCAAGGGCAUCCGCCCCGUGGCUGUGUACCUGACCAGCGGCAGGACCAAUGCAGGCGUGGCGGCCGCCGUCGCCGGGAUCCGCAGCGAACGGCAGGGCAGGGAUGUAUACCUGAUCGGCGCCGCCAACGCCGGCAAGUCUGUCUUCCUUCGAGCCAUGGUCAGGGAGAUGGCGGACAUGGGGAGCAGGUCGUACGACCCUGCCGCCAUAGGGGCUGGCCGGCGGCUGCCCACCGCCUCCGGCAUCCCCGGCACCACCCUGGGCCUCAUCCCCCUGCCCGUCUUCUCCUCGGGCGGCUGCCUGGUCGACACCCCCGGCGUCCACCUGCACCACCGGCUGCCACACGCGCUCAGGCCGGAGCACCACGCCGCCCUGGCGCCCCGCGGCCGGCUAAGGGGGCGCGGGGUGGCAGUGCCACCUGGCGGCGCCGUGCUGUGGUGGGGUGGCUGCGUCCGCCUGCAUGUGGCGCCCCACCGCGGCCAGCACGUGUCCCUCACCUUCUUCGGCCCCAAGUCCCUGCACGUGGCCGAGGCAGGCGGCGGCGAGGAGGCCGCUGGAGGGCUGGCUCGCGGCGCCCCUGGUGCCGGUGGUGUGGGCGCCUGCAGCGAUCGACCCCCGCCCCCGCCCGCCGACGGGGCCUGGUUCCGGGGGGGCAGCGCGGCGCUGCUGGAGCGGGGCCUGUCGCGCCCCCGCCGCCUGACCAAGCCCCUGGCGCCCGGCCAGCCCAGGGCCAUCGCCGACCUGGCCGUCUCGGGGCUGCCCGGCUGGGUUAGCGUGCACGGCAGCGGGGCAGGCGAGCUGGCACUGGAGGUCUGCGUCCCGGCCGGCGUGGAGGUGUUCUGGAGGCCCCCCCUGCCCGUGCAUGUACCGGCUUGA